UCGCUGCUGCAGCUGCACAUGAUCAUAGCAUGAUCGGGACAAACAUUUUUCAACAACACGAAGAUGUUUUAUGUUAGGAUUUGGGCAUCAUUCAGUGUUCUCCUGCUUUGUCAUGGUAGUGAGCUAUCAAGGAAGGAUACUGCGACAGAGAAGACUGAUAUGCGUUGGAGUACGGCAGCCUUGACCAAGCACCAAUGCGUUCACGAUACUCACAUGGCGCCGAACAUCUAGAGGUUGCAUAGAGUCAGGGAGGCCUCCUUGCUGGCAGGGUUUGGACAUCCACGAGGCAAAGAUUUGAGAAGGCGACGCCUCCAGCAGAUGGUCAAGAAUUCUCCUAUCCGCAUCACACCAGUGUAUGAUCUGAAAGGGAUGCACAGGGAGGAAGCAACGUUCGUCCAAAACCGACUUAUGGUUGCAGCAAUAAGGCAUCUACAGCAGCUUGUGCGAGUGAAGCACCCAGUGGAGGGCAAUCUCCUCUUCCCACGACUAUGCACUGAUUACCAGGAACUGGGCAAUAACAGUGGCUACGAGUGUGCAGCAUGGCUCACACAGUGCCUUGGAGCCAUCGUCCCGUACCAAGCACCCUCCAAUGAUGUGAGAAUCGAUCAAGCUUCGAGUAGUGGUGGUGGUUACAACGGUGGCUAUGGAGGAGGCUGUGGGGGCUAUGGAAAUUACCGGCGACCUUGGUAUUCACAGUCGAAUGAAAAGAACGAUAAGGUGGACAAGAUGUGGAGCUGGAUGGCUGAGGAGAUUGAAGAGAGGCAGCGAUUGAAGAAAGAGAAAGAAGAGGCUAAGAAGAAGGAGGAGGAUGAGAGGAGAAAGAAAGAGGCGGAAGARAAGCGACUGGCGGAGGUCAAGGACAAGGAUGAUUUCAAGGCUAGCAUAGGAAGGAUGGUGCAAGAGCAGAUGCGUACCGUGUGUGAAGAAGUAUUGGGAAGAAAGGAGCUGAAUUCUCUGCGUAUGGAUAACCAGCAUUUGAUACAAGACGUCAUCAAUUUAAAGGAGCAGGUAGGAGAACUUCUAAAAUUGACGAAACCGGUGGCGGGUGUGGCCGAUGCUACACUGACAGUAGCCAAGGAGAAGGGGAAAUCAAUCCACACUCCGACCGCUGRAGACUAURUCAAGUUGUCCGAGGCGUACAGGAGGAUGUGAGACGAGAAAGACCUGGCUGAGAGASAAGUUCAGGCACUAAAAGAAAGGAUMMAUAGGAWUGGGGCUGCUACAAGGACCCCAACGAGCAUCAAAAGGAAGAGAGUGUUGCGUAAGAGUGUUUCGCCGCCCUCCAAUUUGCGGAUCAGACKGAGCCAAGCAUCUAGUCCUGCUAAACAYAAGAGUGGAGAAAAGGGGUGCACUGGCGUGAAAUUUAUCAAACUGAAAGAUGAAACGCGAGAGGAUUUUAACAAACGAGUAUACGUCGA